UCCCCUCUCCAUCUGUGGCACUCUCCUCCUCAGACCGCUAACAAUUGUUUUCUCCUUUAACGGACUCGCUUAUGGACGGAGUCAUUUCGCUCAACAUUGACGGAGAUGGUUGGGAAAUUAAAAAAAGUCUCUCCCGCCUUUGUUCGGAUCUGCUUUUAAAUAUUAACUAGUUGUCAUGUCAUCUCUGACGCGCAGAGGGGAGAGACUGACCGGCUCGACGAGAAACUGGAGAACACAAGUGCAGCAUCACGGCGAGUUUUCCCUCGGAAAUCAAGAAAGCUGCAGGGAGCGUCCCGCUCCUGAAGGGUCCAGGGACGAGCCGCUCCGGAAUAUGUGCCACAGAGCUGACGCCGUCCCGUCCUACAAGUCCCUGCCUGGAUCUAUUGGAGACCGUAUCAUGUCUUUCGGGACUCUAUGCCGGGGGAGCGUCAACCCGAGCAGGUCCGACAGGAAAGUUACUUGCUGUGAAAACUGCUCGGCGACCCUCGUUGCUCUGAAGAAACAAGCCCUGAGUCUGGCGGUCCACCAUCACUUCUCCUGCAAGGAUUCCAGUGACCUGUCAGUCUUCCUCUAUGACAACCUCCGAGUCCACACCAGAUUCAACACAGAGUCCUGGGAACAAGGCGACUGUGGAGCCUGCGGAACCAACUUGAACAAGCUCAAACAGGAAGCCGUGCACCUGGCUCUGAGCAGGGGACAGUCGUCCAGUCCUUUCGAUUCGAACCACAUCCCAUCGAGACACGCGGACCGAGCUCCCCGGGACGCAGCACACCCGUCCCACAGUCGGACUCAGAGCCCUUACAGUUCCAAAAGUGCCCCUCAGAGCCCGAAGACACCCCAGAGAACCCCUCAGACACUCAGACGAAGGGUAACCAAGCCUGAAAUGGACCGAUGGGUGGAGGAGCAGCUGCAGUUGGUGUCUUCAAAUCCCGGUCGCCACCAGGCUGCAGCAGACGCUACGAUUGGCGGCGUUGGUGCUGGGGUGGUGCAAACCAACUCCAAGAUUCCUCACAUCUCCAGAGUUGUGAACAUCGCCAACACUGCCGCCAUGUCUUUCUUAGCCAGGGCAGCGGAGAAGCUCAAUCUGACAUCGAGGAAAAAGGGCCAGGCCUCUGAAGCGGCUCCAGCUCAUUUUCCGACUUGUUUCAGGGAGAUCAUCCAGAAAAACCCUCCACCGGUUCCCCCCUGCCUGCUCCAAGCUGCUACCAGAACCAGGGACACGCCGGAUAUUAGCAAGGUGAGAGUGGUGCUGAGGGUGAAUCCGACACUCCUCGAAGCUCCAGGGCAACCACCGGUUCUCAGAAUUGACUCUUCCAAGAAAAGAGUCAUCGUGAUGGAACCUGGAAGUCAGAGCCUUCACCUGAGUACGAUGACACUUGGCCGGGACUCCAGGAGUCUGCUCAAGAGUUUCAGCUUUGAUGCUGCUUACCCUCAGGAGUCAAGCCAGGCUGAGGUGUGCGCGGGAGUCUUGGCUGACGUCAUCCGCUGUGUGCUGAGCGGCAGUGACGGUUGUGUUCUGGGUCUGGGCUGUGCUGAUGUGGGCUCCUGGACCAGCAUGGUGGGCAGCGAUGAGAGCGCCCAGAAGCUUGGUUUAAUUCCAACCGCCAUUUCUUGGCUGUACGCGGCGGUUGAGCGGCGGCGAGAGAAGACCUGGACCGACCUGAGUGUGUCCAUAUCAGCUAUCGAGCUGUGCUGUGGAGAGGAGGACACUCUGAGGGACCUCCUCGGGGAAAUAGUCCCAUCUUCAAGCAGCUUUCAAGGAAGCCCCAUUCACGUAAAACUCCAAGAGGACUCGGCCUCUGGGAUACAGAUACGCAAUCACAACCGGGUUAAGGCGCCCACUGCUGAGAGAGCUGCCUCCCUACUGGACGCAGCGAUUGCAGCACGGCGGCACAGCGACUUCACCACGUUCCUGUCCCACACCUCCAUAAUGUUCUUCACUCUCCACGUCCAGCCUCCGCGGACUGAGAGCAGCACGAUAGGCAAAGGUUCACGAGGACCCACGAAGCUAACCAUGAUUGACGUUUGCACCGGCAUGGGUGGUUUGACUGGAUAUUAUAAAAACAAAACCCCUCAUUCCGAGCUGGGACCAAUCGUGUUGUCGCUUCUCAGUGGACAUCGGACCAUUCCCAAAAAGUCUAGUAAGCUAACCAUGCUGCUCCGUGAGUCCAUGGCCAGUGCUAGUUGCUACACAACAGUGGUUGCACAGGUCACUAACUCUCUCGAGCACCUGCAAGACACCUUCUCCACCAUUCAUCUGGCCUCUCGCAUCCGCAGGCUGCAGAAGAGAACUAAGCAGUCCACCUCAUGCUCCCCUCGUGGCCGAAGCCUGACUCGAGAAAAGCGAGGCCCCCAGCCCUUCUCCCUGAGAGCGUUUCACUCCACAGAUGAGGUCGAUGUUGACGUCUGUAAAUUCCGUCUGCGUGGAGAACUGGAUGAACACUCCAGCAGCGACCAGUCCUGUGACACAGUCAUCCAAAUGGACUCUGAAGGACUAAUCCGCAAUAAGGAAGCCCAAAGAACCACACAACCAAAGUUUGUACCCAUCAUCCCAUCGCUACACCCCAGCAAAGCUGACAUGGAUGAUCCAGAGUUCACAGCAUUGCUCCAAGAGCUUCUACGAAUCCCCAAGCUACAGGUUGACAGGAAAAAAGAGGAGGUUCUUCUAACACACAGUGACCCAUCGAAAGUAGAGCCCAAGGCACCGGAGAGGGACUGUCUGAAAUGUGACACGUUUGCUGAGCUACAAGAGCGUCUCGGUUGUAUUGACGGGAAGGAAGCAACGACGGAAUUGACAAAGACUUCAUCCAAAUCACCUCCCUGUGCCAACCAUGCGACCAAACCACAACCCCUGACGGAGUCUUUGAAACAGAAAGCUAGCGACUCUUCGGAAGCACCCCAGAGGUUGGUAAAUCAAAGGUCUGGCUGCAGUCAGCCCUGUGCUGGCGAGACGCAAACAGAUGGUGCCAACCCCGGGGACAGUUUCCAGAGAGAGGAUUCGGGUCUGUAUGACUGCGAGGAGUGCAGUGCAACCAGUUCCAGUGAGGAGGUGAUGAAUCAAACUCCCAAUGUGUCUUGUCAUGGCGAGCCUCCCAAAACUAUGAAGGGCAGCGAUAAUGCUCUCUCCCAUAGUUUCAUUGUAGAUGCGACAGGUGAUCUGCCGAAUCGGAAACAAAAAUAUCAAGAGUUAAAUGACUGGUUCAGAUCAGACGAGAGAGCCUCGCCAGUUGGUAAAAGCUCACCAGUUUCUCCACCGUCUUCGUCCUCUGCUUCUCAGCCUUUGGCAACCAGCAUUAUUAUUGGGGAUGAGUUGCCGAAGAGACCCAAAGAGAAUGUGAAGGAAGUGAAGGCAACCAUCACUGUCACAGUUCAGCAGCCGCUGGAUCUCAAAGGCCAAGAUGAACUGGUCUUCUCUAUGGUGGAGGAGGUGACCAUAAGUGGAGCUGUACACGGCAGCCGGGCAGGAGGAAACAUCAUCUGCAUCAGAGAUAACGCUCCGUCGCCCGUCCAGCUUGAGGGCCAGAGCAGCGCUCAGCCAAUCAGAAUUAUCAGUAAUAUUAGCGACGAAUCUUCAGUUACAGAAACGUCUGACACCACCAAAGACUUUGUUGACGCCACUGUAUCAGCCACUGAAAAUUCCCAUCAGGGUAAAAGGAGCAAAAACCUCUUACCAUCGUUCAUAAAUCCAAUGCUUAUACAUUCUGAUAUGCCUUGUGAUUUGGAAGAAAACGAAAACCCCUCCGCCCCUUCGACCAGAGUCACAAGGUCUGAGCUCAGGGGGAGUGGUGUCAAAAGUCCAGACGUUACCACAGGAAUAGACCACAGCGAGGCUUCGACAUCACAAAUGUAUAAGAGAAAAUCCUGUAAAAAGACGACUAACUCAGCGUUUGGCCAAAACCCCUGUGGCACAAUCAUUUUAGAAGACUCAGCAGAAAACCAAGUCUUUGAGAAGAACCCCCGAAAUACAACGGACAGAAGCCACCCGGGAGACAGUGAUCAUGUUUAUUCCAGCAACACUCAGAGGGGCACGUUGGGGGAGGACAUGGCUUGCAGACGUGUUGGGAAUAACGUGUUAAUUGGUGUGUCACAUGGUUGCCUAGAUACCAGCUAUCCUUACUUGACGACAGGUAGUUUGCCAAGAGGCUGGCAAAACGCCAACCACCAGGAACACUUGGGUCACAUGGCGGAAGACCAGAGGGACCCAGUAGGCGUGGCGUCUUCCAGCCAGUGUAGCUCAGGUGCACCCUUUGAAAGCAGACACAGCAGACCACGCUCCCCAAUGACCCACAAUCUCCACAGCUCCUCAGCUGUCAAAUAUGAAAGAGAAUACAGGCAAGAAACAAGCAGCCUGUCCAGGAAGGGCGUCGGCUCACUGUGCGAUAUCUCUGGGAUAAGCAUGAAACGUGAUCUGAUGCCUGGGAGGCCUAUGUCCCCCAAUGAGGACUGCAGCAGGCUUUUUAAUACGAAACUAGCGCAGCUGGUUAGCAAGACUAAUUCGCUCGGGAGAAUCCCACAAGACUUCCCGUCACUGGAGAGGGGAAGGUCUAAGGGAAGCUUGGACUGGGUUUGUGAGGGGGGUCAUAAAGGUUGCAAAGAGGGAGACUGUACUUUACCCAGGACAAGCAGGAGUCCCAAGAAGGACAGUCGGAACAGCCAUAAACACUCCAACUCUGAAAGUCAACCCUCCAAACAUGGCCAUUCCAAACUUUCUGCAGUGGGUAAACUGAAGAUGGUGGGGCCCAAAGUCCGCCGUCUGUCGGCCCCCAGCAUCAAAAACCUCAGCCUUCCUCACAAGCGAAUGCAGCAGUCCAUCAAUAGAAGCGCAAGUCUUUCGCCGGACAGCAGGACAACAGAGCGAACGUCCACGUUUCUGUCUUCGUCUCCGCCUCGCUCCCAUCGUUCCCUCAGUCGAACGCCAAGCCAGAGUUCCACAUGCUCAUCCACCAAAUCUGCCAUCCAAGGAUUUGCCAAUGGCCUCAUCUCUGAUUUUUUUAAAGACAAAACUGCCAGUCCAACAGUGGGGGGAUCUGAACAGGCGUUCGCAGUUCCCUCGCCGUACAGCCAGCUCACGUCUCCCCGCACUCCCACACACAUGAGUGGACACGCCAGCGACACCACCAGUGUGUUGAGUGGUGACCUGCCCCCGGCGAUGGGCAAGACCUCCCUGCAUUUCUCUCACAGAAACAGCACCAUGAGCGGCGGUUACAGCAGCUUGUUCCGGGACAGCGAGGCCACUGCUGGCGGCACUUCGAUGAGAGACUCGGUCAGCGACAGAAGCGGCUCGCCAGGGAGCUCUCACAGCCGAUCCUCUCGAAGGAGAGGCAGCACAGGUACUCACCAGCGCCGCCUGUCCAAUGACACCCCCCCCUCCUUACGGCGUUCAGGAAGCGGUGUGCGAUCUUACAGCGUGGACCCCGACAUCCCAGAAGCCUACGAGAUAACGCUGUAUGAGAUAGACGACGUGCAGCGGGCGCAGAAGAAAGCAGGGCGAACACUUCAACGCCAAGCCGAUGUGUUUGGGGGGUCAUCGGCAGAGGACAUACGAAUACUACAACCUGACGAGAGACGUGGAGCGUUCCAUGUCAACCCCAGAGUUCGGAAGGAUUUCCACAGCGGACACAGAGGUGCGUCUGGAAGCCACUGAUGUCACAGCAGUUUGUUUGGCAUCAUCCUGACUUCAGCUUUGAGAAGAGAAGACAAAACAAACGUCAAGAUUCGAGACUCAGUGAAUCUGUCAAGAAUCACAGCCGUAUGUGUGUAACAGUAAAUUUGGAUUGUUGUUGACUCCAUCUUUAUUUUAUUAUUUAUUUACCUGCCACAGCUGCCGAGGAAACCCAACAGAUGUACUGUAACAACAAGCCAGGGAGGUACAGCGUCGUACUUUCAAAGGGCUUGUGUGCGUAUAACAGCGAUGCAAAACAUCCCUUCUGACUUGUUUCAACCAAAACUGCGAUUUUCUUUUUCAGAUCUACGUUUUAGUUACAGUGAUUUGAAAGUAGAAAUAGCCUAUUAGAUGCACCGGGGAUUUAAAGGGCUUCUUGAAGGUGUAGUGCUGCGCAUAUGUGAAGGCAGUUUCAAUUCAUCUGAUGCUUCUUGUUAUAGUGUGUUGCUUCUGAACAACAAAUCACUCCUGAUGCACGAGCAGCUCAGACUCAAUUAUCCAUUUACAGCCUCACCAAUUUCUUUUUCAUUGCCAUGGUGAUAACAUGUUGUUUUGCUUCACUGCGGGUUUUCAUUUUGGCAAGCAAAUAUACUCCGGAUGAGUCGUGUAGUUAGUUUCUGCACUGAUCCUGUGAUACCUCAAAGCCAUUUCUAAGAGAAGCCUUUGAGUAGUUGCCAUGCUAAAAUGAUGUGUGCGGAAAUCAGUGUAUUUUGAAUGUUGUGUUUAAAACGCGCAACAUGUGACUGUGACGACGAUGAAGUUUUCUGUGCUCAGCUGCGAAUGUACAUAAUAUUUUUUUUGUUUUUUUAAUCUUGAGACAAUCCACCGUGGUGUUAUGAAAUAACCACUGAAGACAAACAGACAAAAAAAAAGGCUGUACUUACUUUGGAGAUUGUCUGACUGGCCAUCAAUAAACAGGCUUCGCCAACACAUUAGUAAAUGAUUGGGGAGAAAUGAAAACGGUGUGGCGUCUGCUUUCACUGUAAUGGGGCACUAAUUACUCUGAAAGGGGUCGUCAGGUCUUAA